AUGGAGCCGCAAUUAUCCGAAGAGCACGGCGUCAGGAUUGCCGUUGAGGGAUGUGGUCACGGUACACUUCACGCAAUCUACGCCUCAAUCGAAAGAGCAUGUGCCGUAAAAGGCUGGCCGGGAGUAGACCUCCUCAUAAUCGGAGGUGACUUCCAGUCUGUCCGAAAUGCUCACGACCUUCAAUGUGUCUCAAUGCCAGCCAAGUACCGCGAGAUGCACGAUUUUCACGAGUACUACUCCGGAACCCGCAAAGCACCUUACCUAACUAUCUUUGUCGGCGGAAACCACGAAGCCGCCAACUACCUGUUUGAACUCUACUAUGGCGGCUGGGUGGCACCAAAUAUCUACUAUAUGGGCGCCGCCAAUGUGCUCAAACUCGGACCACUGAGAAUCGCAGGUAUGAGCGGUAUCUGGAAAGGCUUUGACUACAAGAAACAGCAUCAUGAACGUCUUCCUUUUAACGAGGGUGAUGUGAAAAGUAUCUACCACGUCAGAGAACUGGACGUGAGAAAGCUGUUACAGGUAAGGACGCAGGUUGAUGUGGGUAUCUCUCACGAUUGGCCGAGAGGCGUAGAGUGGAAAGGCGAUUGGAAGAAGUUGUUCAGGCAAAAGGCGCAUCUGGAAGAGGAUGCUAGGAAUGGGCAGUUGGGUAGUGUGGCUGCGACUUAUGUGAUGGAUAGGUUACGGCCGCCAUAUUGGUUCAGUGCUCAUCUGCAUUGCAAGUAUGCUGCCGUAAUUGACCAUGAGAAGUCUGGAGAAGCAUCUGGUUCUGCGACAGCAAGCAUAAGCAAUGGAGUUGCAGUGGAAGAGAUUCCCAAGAAGAACUCGGAUGAGAUCGACCUGGAUAUGGAUGAUGAAGAGCCAUUAACUCAGGUCCAGCCAACAAAGAACACAGACGAGAUUGAUCUCGAUAUGGAUGACGACGAGCCUGCACCGAAAGCCAGCGAGGCAACCCUUACUCUACCUGUCAACGCAGACGAGAUCGACCUGGAACUCGAAGACGACGCAGAACCCACGACAGCACCAGUUGCUCCAGGGCAGGGUCUCGACGGCGCACGAGUACCAAUUGAUCCCCCAGCACCCUCCGCAGUCCCCGAAGAUCUUCGCGCCCAGCUACCCGCCUCAUUCGCCAAACCUCCUCCUCGCUCAGAACCAGUCAAUCAGCCAAUCUCCCACCCACCAGGAAUCACAAACACCAAAACCAGUUUCCUCGCCCUGGACAAAUGCCUUCCUAACCGCGAUUUCCUGCAAGUGCUAUCUAUGCCCACGAUCAGCAGCUCCAAUGCUUCUGUCGAUCGUCCGUUGCAGUUGGAAUACGAUGCAGAAUGGUUAGCAAUCACACGCGUAUUUGCCUCUGAACUCCACGUCGGCGGCGAUCCUAACGCACGCGCGCCUCAAGACAAAGGAGAAGCUCAUUACGCACCCCUCAUCGAUGCCGAACAAUCCUGGAUCGAUCAAAAUGUUUCCUCCCUCACGGUCCCGGAGAACUUUGAAAUCACAGCGCCGGUGUUUGAUCACGCUCAAGGGAUUCAUGUGCAAGGUGUGCCGAAAGAGUACACCAAUAACCAGACCAAGAAGUUCUGCGAGUUACUCGAUAUUCCUAAUCCUUUCGACAUCUCGGAAGAAGAGAGGGAGGAGAGGAUGAGAGUUGGACCGAGAGCUGAAGAGCAGAGAAGGGAUGGUGGGUUCAGGGGUGGAAGAGGAGGUGGACGUGGUAGGGGCGGUGGUGGAAGGGGAAGAGGUGGCGGUGGAAGAGGUAGGGGCAGAGGUCGUGGCGGACCCAGAUAUUGA